AUGCUGCGCACACCCGAAACUCCAUCUAUGCCCAGGUAUCGCGCCGGCAAAUCCUCAGCUUUUACGCCUCAGUCGCGGAGAGCUGUUCAGACGCCGAGAGAAAGAGAGAGGCGAGAAAGAGAGCGAGCCAGACAGCGCGAGAGAGACUGUUCGACUUCGUCGGACAGAAUGCGUCGUCUUGAGCGGAAGAAGAGAUUUGAGAAUCCCUCAGACGUAACAUCCCCCCCAACAUCCCCAAUCGUAAUGCUCCGUGUGGGACCACAAAAGCGGCUCUUCGCAGCCCACGAAGCAAUCCUAAGCAUAUCACCAUUCUUCGCAGCUCAAAUCCAAUCCCAAAACCACAUUCAAGUCCAAGCCCAGAUCCAAACCCCAACCCCAACCCCAAGUCGAGCCCGCACCCCACCCCGAAACAAGCUCAUCGACCUACCGGAGGAACAAGCCGAAGUCCUCUCCUGCAUCCUCGAAUUUCUCUACAAAGGUGACUACUACCCACGCCUCAGACACAACGCCAACAAACAAACCUGGGAACUGGAAGACGCAGACCUCAACCCAUCCAGCAGCGAUGGAGACGGAGACCUAAGCGCCGGCGCAAUGGCGACUGUAUACCACCACCAAGCAGGAUGUGUAAUAUUGCGGGAUACCGCAGUUUAG